AAAGUAUGCUAUAACAUGGAUGCUGUGUUUGAUAUUUGCUAUUUAUCUUCUGAGGGUAAUAAUGUCGAGCCCGAUGAUAUUCCGAAAACAAAGGAAAACGUCUGGGUUUUAGGCAAGAAAUACAGCGCAAUUCAAGAUAUAGAUCGAAUUCGGCGUGAUAUCACCUCUAUAAUUUGGUGCACAUAUAGAAAAGGUUUUGUGCCCAUUGGCGAUGAAGGGCUUACCUCUGACAAGGGCUGGGGUUGUAUGUUACGAUGUGGACAGAUGGUCCUUGGAGUUGCACUGAUCAGGAUUCAUUUGUCAUCUGAUUGGGUUUGGACACCAGAAACUAGAGAUCCAACUUAUUUAAAAAUUAUACAACGCUUUGAGGAAAGAAAGCAGGCACCAUAUUCCAUUCAUCAGGUGGCUUUGAUGGGAGCUUCAGAAGGAAAAGAAGUUGGACAGUGGUUUGGACCCAACACUGUAGCUCAGGUUAUGAAAAAAUUAGUAGUUUAUGACAAAUGGAGUUCUCUUGUGAUUCAUGUGGCUUUAGACAACACUGUAGUAAAAGAAGAUAUUUUGGCGCAGUGCAUAGUGAAGAAUGACAGAGGCGACUGUUCAAGUGCCCCCGAUAAUUUAAUUGUGACUGACUGGAUGCCUCUACUCCUGGUUGUGCCGCUGAGACUUGGCCUUAGUGAGAUAAACCCUGUAUAUACUGAAGGACUGAAGAUGUGCUUCCAAUGCCCGCAAUCUGUCGGCGUAAUAGGAGGGAAGCCCAAUCAGGCACUCUACUUGAUUGGCUGUGUCGGUGAUGAAGUUAUUUACCUAGACCCUCAUACUACUCAAAGAUCUGGACUUGUUGAAAACAAAAUGACUGAUGAACAAAAAGAAAUGGACUGCACCUAUCACUGUAAAUACGCGUCUCGUAUACCUAUAACUGUGAUGGAUCCUUCUGUCGCUGUGUGUUUCUUGUGCCGUACAAGAACAGAUUUUGACGAAUUAUGUAUCACCAUAGAACAGAAAUUGUCGGCUGAAAGUCAGCCGUUAUUCGAAAUGUGCGAGAAAAGACCGGCGCAUUGGGGACCCAACACUGCCGAUAUAGAUUUGCAAAACACUUCAUUAUUUACAGAGUUCGAAGACAUCGACAGACAAUUCGACGAUUCAGAUCAAGAGUUCGAAAUACUAUGAGUGUAUAGUACCAGUAAGCAUUAUUAAAAAAUGAUAUUUAAAAUAUAAUGAGAUAUUACUUUGUAAAUAGUACAUAAUAUAUGUAACAACAUAAUAGGCUUAAUCAUAAACUGUUAAAGCGUAGGAUAUGAGCCAUAAUAUUGCAUUGUGGAGUUUUUAUCUUAGUGUACUUGUGAUUGUGCCUACAAACGAAUUUUGCACUAAUUGUGACUAAUUUUAAGCCGGAGCAUUAUAUUUUACAGUGCCUUUUAAAUACAUUGUAAUUAUUACGUUCACUUUCUAUGCCUUCGUCCUUACAUUCCUUUCAUGUAUGUUGCUUUUCUAGUGUGGAAUUUGUUUAGUUAUACUAGAAAGGAGAAGGAUCACAACCCAUAGAAAAUUAACCCAAUCCCAGCGCAAACGAAGCCUAUAUCAGAAUUUUGCUUAUAUUAGAUUAAUUUGUAAGUGAUGCGACUGCAGCACUUUUAUUAGAUUCAGUUAUUUUCGUAUGCCUGUGAAGUACGCAGCGUUUUUAACUGCCAGAUAUUAUGGAAUGGAGCCAAUAUACGCCAUAGAUAGAUAAUGAUAUAUAUGAAAUUUAAAACAUCACAAAGAGUAUAUCUAGCGUUUAUUUCUUUAAGCAAAUUCAGUUGGGAUGAGCAGCCAAAGACUCAAAAUAUUUUUUUAUGAAUAAAUAAAUUGGAUAAAACGUAUGUAUGUUUUUCUUUUUUACAAGUGUUUAUACGUACUAACAACAAAAAUAUUCAUCUUGCAUAAGUAAUUCCAACGUCUUUUAAUAUUGUAUAGAUUCUUACUUCCACCAUACGGUAUAUAAGAUGUUGAAGGGCAAUAGUGCUGGUGAAACUAUAGGCACAUGG